GUCGUGUCACCUGUCAUCUGUUUGUUGUCAUUUAUACUGUUUUUACUUUUUCACACGAAUUAAAAUAUAUAAAUUAAAAGUAUAUUAAUUAACAGUUGUAAGUUGUAAUAACAUGUACGCGUUAAUUAAAAUUAUUACACACCACAUUUCCCUGAAACUGGUAGUGGUGGCAGUUCCUAAAUUCCCAAUUCUGUGAUAGUGACCUGUUUGGACGAUUUUUUAAUAGUUUAAUGUGAUAUUUUAACCAGAUAAGUGGUUACUCGUUUUGUAAUUUUAUACCAGCGUUAUCGUAACUGUUUUAAAUAAUCUCCAGCAUGUUUCAAAAAUUCAAAACCAAAGACUUGCACAAACAAGACUUAAACGACCACAAAUUCGACGUCCGUGAAGAUGAGGAACAGUCGGUCAAGCUACAAGAAAUCAUUGACUUGUUAGUGGCUGCUGGCUAUUUCCGGGCCAGGAUUAAAGGCCUCUCCCCUUUCGACAAAGUCGUAGGGGGAAUGACUUGGUGCAUUGAAUCCUGCAAUGUGGAUGUAGAUGUCGAUCUUUUGUUUCAAGAAAAUUCCACAAUUGGACAAAAAAUUGCACUAACUGAGAAAAUUGUCAUAGUUUUGCCCAAAUUAAAGUGUCCACACAGUAUCGAGCCGCAUCAAAUACAAGGCUUGGAUUUUAUCCACAUUUUCCCCGUGAUACAAUGGCUUGUAAAACGGUCGUUGGAGUUCAGACAAGAAAAGUCCGAGUUUGUACGAAAAUACGCCGUUUAUCAAUUUCACAAAGUCUUUGGUAACAACACAUUUGAAAAAAAAGAAACAAUUUUAAAAAAUGUGAACAUCGUGAACGAAAUUUAUGGCCCCAAAAGGUACUACCGGCGAAAAAAUGCACCGCCAGCUGAUUUACAAGCUCAAGUUCAAAUAACACUCCUCGAAUAUGGAAAUGCCAUUCAAAAACACAAUGUUGAAACUAUGGCCAAUGAAAGUGUAGAACACGAAGAUUUAGACACGGAAGAUUUGAAAAAUCUCGCCGAACACUACACUUCUUUACAGCUGGAAUUUAAGACCGGUGGUUUAAAAUAUCUACAAGAAAAGCAAAAAGCAACUAUUGAAGAACAGCUCAGGUUAAUAAGCGAAAAGUGCGCCAAACUCGCUAGUAAAAAAACCUCACUGGAAGAAUCGUUACAAGAUAUUAAAACACAAGACCAGGAAUUCAAAACCAAAAUUGAGGACUUGAAUGCAAAGAUGAAAGAGUUGAAACAAAAUGACAACGACAAGCGAGUUGAAGAAGUUGAAGAGUUGGUAAUGCUUAACGAAAAUUUGAAACUGCAAGAAAGCCAGUUUAGGGAACACUGUAAGAAAGAAAUGGCCAAGCUUCAGAAUAAAAUAAAGGAAAUAAAAAGUGGUGAAACAGUUGUGGAAAAUGAUGCAGAAGCGAAUAAAUUAUGCGAAGAGUUAACAGAAAAUGUGAAAGUGAUUCGCUUACAGUUGGCCAAAAGAAAUAGAACAGUGGCUGCUUUGCGCAGACAAAUUGACGAUGUUCCUAACAGGCCAGAAUUGGCCCAAUACCAACGAAGAUUUCUAGAAUUGUACAAUCAAGUUUCCGCAAAGCAUAAAGAAACGAAACAAUACUACACAUUGUACAAUACUCUGGAAGACACAAAAUUCUACAUGAAAAAAGAACUGUCGUUGCUUAAUUCAGUCUCUGACAGCUAUCCAGAGGCUGUGUUGUCAGCCAGUGGCAAGGACGAGUUUUUGAAACAGUUUCAAAAUAUCGUUGAAGGGGUAAAACAGUCGAAGGAAAAAGUUGAGAGAAAAUUGCUAGAUGAGAAAAGAAAACGGGAUCAGUUAAGUGCAGCUUUGCAAGUCUUGAUAGAGCAGCAGAGAAAAUAUGUUGCUGCCACGCGUCAAUUAAGUAUUGAGUGCAAAAAACAUGAAGCUCUUCUCGCUGAAUAUAAAUGUUAGGUGUUGGGUUCCUUCUCGAGGUGCGACUCCAGGGCCAUUAUUUACUAAAGGAACCUUUAGAAAGGGGCCGUAUAUUAUUCCAAAGACUAAUACAUCGCAUGUUUGUUAUUGGACGUUUAGUAAAAGCGAAGAUAUCACAGAACUGUAAUUUUUCCGAAUUUAUUUUUGCUAGAUAUUACGUAGGUACUUAUUGUUAAUUAUAUUUAUAUUUUAUUACGGUUUUUUUAAAUAAAGUGUUAUAAAAUUG